AUGAAAUUGUUAAACUGUCAAUGUAUUUCUUUACCAAAAGAAAAAUUAUCACUCUUAAAAUGUUCAGAUGAUUUAGGAGUAUGGAUACCUGUGAGUACAACUAAGUCUGGGAACAGAAUAUCUUUAUUUAGUUUAGAAUUAAAAAAUAAUAAUCAUGAACGAUGUAAAUCAACUUGUUUAAAAACUUCAUAUUGUACUUUAAUUAUUUUGAAAAGGGAAUUGGAAAUUCCGCGUUGUUUUGGUUACUACAAAUUUCAACAGUCAAACAGCAUAACUGAUUAUAGCUCAGAUGGAUUUGAACUAGCUUGUUGCUGUAAUGCAUAA